CCCGGCUUGGAAAUGCACCGGAGACCCGCCAAACAACCACAACAGGCAGGUCUCCACUGUCCAAAAAAAUGAAAGUCAAAUAUUUUUUUCAUGCCUAAAGAUGAAUAAAAACACUUGGUAAAAAAAUCCUGACUGAGGUUAUCAUAAUUCAUGCAUGAAAGGGUUAAGUAGCUUCACAGGUUUUUUUCUCUAACAACUCGCAUUUGUGCCUCAGUUGAGGAAUUCCCCGAGUUUGGAGAGACGAGCUGCGCAACAGGAGCAGUUUAAAAGCUGCUGUCUGCUGGGGCGGUGGACGAUCACCUCCAGUCUAUCAGCUUUACCUGAAAUUCAUCAGAGGACAUCGUUUUGGAGAACCUCGUGGGGGUCGUGGGGGCAUUGAUUGGAAGUGGAGAGACGGAGAGCACAGGAGCUGCGUGUCUUCUUCUCUCUCUCUCUCUCUCUCUCUCUCUCUCUCUCUCUCUCUGAAGCUUCCAGAUAUUCUCCGGUGCACCGACACCGACCUGAUGGAGCGAUUACUCCUUUGGCCAACUUGGAUACCUUCAUCAAUAUCGGUCCUCUUGUUUCGGUGAAUAAAAAAGACCAGAGAGGAAAGAAGGAAGGACAAGAAAGGCACGUGGGUUCCCGAGGCGCACCGUCGGAUCCGGCUUUUGAUGCGCGCGUCCAGGUGUCCAGUUCAUCAGCUUCUUUUCUCUCUCUCUGGAUGAACUGCGAACUGCGCAAAACUGAAAUAAAAACAAUGUUGAAGAGGAAGACGUUCAGCAGAGGAGCUUUGAACACAGGGAUGCUCCUGGUCGGAUAUUUGCUUUGGGUUUAAGGAUAUCAAACCUCUCCAGCGGAGACAAAGCAGCAGCUCUGGAGUUACACAGAAGAAUUUGGAAGUAGAUCUCAUAUUAACGGAUUACCAGGCGCGUUUUUUCUUCUCCUGAGACACUGUACACGCGCUCUUCUUUGAUGUCUGAAAAGAUUUUUGCGUUGCCAUGACGAGCGAGGCGGAGGAGGGCCCCAGCGUUGCAACAACAACAGCAACAACACCGUCAGCGGCAACAAUCUCCAGGGUAACAACAGCCAUCGCCAGGGGUGACAGCCAUGAUGCCGUCGCUUCCUCCUCCCCCCGCGGGCCCUCCCCGUACCGCCUCCCGUGUCCCAAGAAAACGGAGGAGGAAGAGGAGGAAAUAGAGGAGGAAGGGAUUAUUCAUGAAGAAAGGAUUGAGAAGGAGGAGGUGGAGUGCGAGGGGGAUGAUGAUGAUGAAGAUGAUGAUGAUGGCGAUGACAGCAGCGAUACCAGUGUGUUGGUUGUGCCCUACCCUGAGCUGACACCUGUGAUCUUCUUCUGCCUCAAGCAGACGACGUUUCCUCGCAGCUGGUGCAUCCACAUGGUCACCAGCCCGUGGUUCGAGCGAGUGAGUAUGAUGGUGAUCUUGUUGAACUGCGUGACCCUGGGAAUGUACCAGCCCUGCGAGAACAUCGACUGCUCCUCAGACCGAUGCCAAAUACUGCAGGCUUUCGAUGCAUUCAUCUACUUCUUCUUCGCUAUGGAGAUGGUUAUAAAGAUGGUCGCCCUGGGAAUCUUUGGUCGACGCUGUUACCUCGGGGAUACGUGGAACCGACUGGAUUUCUUUAUCGUCAUGGCAGGGAUGGUUGAAUACUCGCUGGACCUGCAGAACGUCAACUUCACCGCCAUCAGAACAGUGAGGGUACUGCGGCCUCUCAAAGCAAUUAACAGGGUGCCAAGCAUGCGCAUCCUCGUGAACCUGCUGCUAGACACUCUGCCCAUGCUGGGCAACGUCCUCCUCCUCUGCUUCUUCGUCUUCUUCAUCUUCGGCAUCAUCGGCGUGCAGCUGUGGGCGGGGCUGCUGAGGAACCGCUGCUACCCGGAGGAGAACUUCACGCUCACUACAGGUAUCAGUCUGCCUCGGCCCUACUACAUGGCCGACGAGGAUGACGAGCGACCCUUCAUCUGCUCCCUGCCGGUCGACAACGGCAUCAUGUCCUGUAACGACGUCCCGGCCCGCCGCGAGGGAGGCAGGACGUGCUGCCUGGACAAAGACGACGCCCUGUACCGCCAGUCUCUGGGCCUGAGCCCCGAGCCUCUGGCCAACGGCAGCAUCAGUGUAGCGGGGCUCUGUGUCAACUGGAACCGGUACUACACCAGGUGUCAUACCGGGUACAGCAACCCCCACAAAGGAGCCAUCAACUUUGACAACAUUGCCUAUGCCUGGAUUGUCAUCUUCCAGGUGAUCACUCUGGAGGGCUGGGUGGAGAUCAUGUACUACGUGAUGGAUGCUCAUUCUUUCUACAACUUCAUCUACUUCAUCCUGCUGAUUAUUGUUGGUUCCUUCUUCAUGAUCAACCUGUGCCUCGUGGUCAUCGCCACCCAGUUCUCAGAGACCAAGCAGAGGGAGCACCAGCUGAUGCAGGAGCAGCGGGCGCGGUGCUCGUCCUCCUCCACCCUGGCCAGUGAACCGGGGGACUGCUACGAGGCGCUCUUCCAGCUGGUCUGCCACAUCCUCCGCAAGGCCAGGAGACAAACGGUUUCCUUCUUCAACACCCUGCGGGGGAAACCUCGCGGCUUCGGGGGCGUUGGGAGAGGUAGAGGAGGAGGAAGAGGAGAAGGGAGGGAGAGGAAGGCCAACUUGAGAGGAGGACGUGAGAAGAGAGCAGUGGCGAGGCAUGGUCCACCCUGUCCCCACCAUAAUAAACCCGACCACGCCUCAGCCGUGGCCCUCACCGCCACCGACGGCUGCCCUCAGUGUGCCGCAGCCCUGUCGCUCACUGAUGGGGUGGGACCAGCUCGCAGUGCAGUUAACGAUGAAUCAGAGGAGGGAGCUGUGGAGGAAACGGACAGGGAGGGGGUACAAUCUGGUGGCAAGGAGAAGGGCAAGAAAGGCCAGGAAGAGGGCUGUAAUCCUCAGAAACAAUGCACGGAUCUGGGGCGCAACAUCAGGAAGAAGCUGUGGGGAAUCGUGGAGAGCAAGUACUUCAACCGAGGCAUCAUGAUCGCCAUCCUAAUCAACACCAUCAGCAUGGGCAUCGAGCACCACGAGCAGCCAGAGGAGCUCACUAAUGUUCUGGAGAUCUGUAACAUCGUCUUCACCAGCAUGUUCUCCCUGGAGAUGAUCCUCAAACUCACUGCGUUUGGCUCCUUCAACUACCUGAGAAACCCCUACAACGUCUUUGAUGGAAUCAUUGUCAUCAUCAGUGUGUGUGAGAUCGUGGGCCAGUCCGACGGCGGUUUGUCUGUGCUGAGGACCUUCAGACUGCUGAGGGUGCUGAAGCUGGUGAGGUUCAUGCCGGCUUUGAGGAGACAGCUGGUUGUCCUCAUGAAGACCAUGGACAACGUGGCCACCUUCUGCAUGCUGCUCAUGCUCUUCAUCUUCAUCUUCAGUAUCCUGGGGAUGCACAUCUUUGGCUGUAAGUUCAGUCUCAAGACAGAGACCGGUGACACAGUACCAGACAGGAAGAACUUUGACUCCCUGCUUUGGGCCAUUGUCACUGUUUUCCAGAUUCUGACCCAGGAGGACUGGAACGCGGUUUUGUACAACGGUAUGGCAGCCACUUCACCCCUCGCUGCUCUUUACUUCGUGGCCCUCAUGACCUUUGGAAACUACGUCCUCUUCAACCUGCUGGUGGCCAUCCUGGUUGAAGGCUUUCAGGCAGAGGGUGAUGCCAACCGCUCUUAUUCAGAUGACGACCGCUCCUCCUCCAACUUUGACGAAAGCGAGAAACACGACUCCAUAAAGUUGUCUGACCCAAGGAUCUGCACACUGACACCCAACGGCCACCUGGAGCAGGGGGCCCAUUCGGGGCCCCGGGGAUCCUACUCCUCAGAGAGGCGGAGCUUCACCAUCGAGUCCAGGAAGAGCAGCGUGAUGAGCCUGGGCAAGAGCAGCCUGGAGAGACGCUCCCUCUCUCUGCGCCAUGGUCGCAGUCCCAACUACCACAACUGGGGGCGCCCUUUCCAUCCACAGUCAGCUUGGAACCGCAGCGUUUCCUGCAGGUCUAGCUCAAACAGUCUGGGCCGGAGGAGCUACAGGUUCGGCGGGGCCCCUCUGGUGGGAGGCAGCCUCCGUGUGCACAGCACCCGCUCGCCCUACUCCUACACCUUUGCUGCCGAGCAGGAGUCCCUUCUCUCCCACCCGCCCCACUCCCAUCACGCUCUGCCCCCUCACCAUCCACCUGCGCCCCCGCUGUUCCUCUCCAGACACAUCGCGGCGAGGAGGGACCGGCGGGCUCUUUCCCUGGAGCUCCCGGAGCUGCUCCGGGCGGGCGGACAGCCCCCGGGCCUGCCCCCAGGCCUGCCCCUGGGCCUUCCCCCGAGCCUGCCCCCCGUCCAGCCGGACCCCGGGAGGAGGAGUGGGUCCGGGGCAACGGGUUCCAUCACUGGGGGGUCUGGGGCUGGGAGUGGUUUAGGAGUGGACCACCGGGAUUGUAAUGGCAAGGCGCCAGGUCCACACGCUCAGCUGAUGACUGAGGUUUAUCCUCAAGUCAACGCACGCAAGGACAGAGCAGACCUCGAUGAAGAGACAGAUUAUAGUUUGUGUUUCCGUGUCCAGAAGAUGAUGGAGGUGUACAAGCCGGACUGGUGCGAAAGCAGAGAGGAGUGGUCCGUCUACAUGUUCUCUCCUCGGAACAGGUUCAGACAGCUGUGCCAGUCCAUUAUCGCCCAUAAGCUCUUUGACUAUGUGGUCCUGGCCUUCAUCUUUCUCAACUGCAUUACAGUGGCUCUGGAGAGGCCGAGGAUACUGCAGGGCAGUCUGGAAAGGCUGCUUCUCACGGUUUCCAACUACAUCUUUACUGCCAUCUUUGUUGCGGAGAUGACUGUCAAGGUGGUGUCCAUGGGUCUGUACCUGGGGGAGAAAGCCUAUCUGAGGAGCAGCUGGAACAUUCUCGAUGGUUUCCUCGUAUUCGUGUCUCUGAUUGACAUCGUGGUGUCGAUGGCGGGCGGGGCUAAGAUCCUGGGGGUUCUCCGUGUUCUCAGGUUGCUCAGGACGCUACGCCCCCUCAGGGUGAUCAGCAGAGCUCCAGGGCUGAAGCUGGUAGUCGAGACCCUCAUCACGUCCCUCAAGCCCAUCGGCAACAUCGUCCUCAUCUGCUGCGCCUUCUUCAUCAUCUUUGGUAUUCUUGGCGUUCAGCUCUUCAAAGGGAAGUUCUACUACUGUGUGGGUUUCGAUGUGAAGAACAUCACUAACAAGUCCGACUGUCUGGCUGCCAACUAUCGAUGGGUUCACCACAAAUACAACUUUGACAACCUUGGACAGGCUCUAAUGUCCCUGUUUGUGUUGGCCUCAAAAGACGGCUGGGUCAACAUCAUGUACCAUGGACUGGACGCAGUGGGGAUAGACCAACAGCCAUCGAUCAACAACAGCCCAUGGAUGCUGCUCUACUUCAUCUCCUUCCUCUUGAUCGUCAGCUUCUUCGUCCUCAACAUGUUCGUAGGCGUAGUGGUGGAGAACUUCCACAAGUGUCGCCAGCACCAGGAGGUGGAGGAGGCCAAGCGGCGGGAGGAGAAACGCCAGCGUCGCAUGGAGAAGAAGAGGAGAAAGGCCCAGAAGCUUCCCUACUAUGCGUCAUACGGCAAAGCGCGGCUGGCUAUCCACACUCUGUGUACCAGCCACUACCUGGACCUGGUCAUCACCUUCAUCAUCUGCAUCAACGUCAUCACCAUGUCUCUGGAGCACUACAGCCAGCCACAGUCUCUGGAGACUGCACUGAAGUACUGCAACUACUUUUUCACCUCCACGUUUGUGAUCGAGGCCACUCUGAAGCUGGUGGCCUUUGGCUUUCGGCGCUUCUUCAAGGACAGGUGGAACCAGUUGGACCUGGCCAUUGUGCUGCUGUCAGUGAUGGGCAUCACCCUGGAGGAGAUUGAGAUCAACGCCUCCCUCCCCAUCAACCCCACCAUCAUCAGGAUCAUGAGGGUACUCAGGAUAGCACGAGUGUUGAAGUUGUUGAAAAUGGCGACCGGGAUGAGAGCUCUGCUAGACACGGUGGUCCAGGCUCUGCCUCAGGUGGGAAACCUCGGUCUGCUCUUCAUGUUGCUGUUCUUCAUCUACGCAGCUCUGGGAGUGGAGCUGUUUGGAGAGCUGGUGUGUAACGCUGACUACCCCUGUGAAGGAAUGAGCCGACACGCCACCUUUGAAAACUUUGGAAUGGCUUUCCUCACGCUCUUCCAGGUUUCCACCGGCGACAACUGGAAUGGCAUCAUGAAGGACACACUGAGGGAGUGCCCACCGGGUCAUCCGGCCACCGACUACGGCUGCAACACCGGACUGCAGUUCAUCUCCCCGAUGUACUUCGUCUCCUUCGUGCUCACGGCUCAGUUUGUUCUAAUCAACGUGGUGGUGGCCGUGCUCAUGAAGCAUCUGGACGACUCCAACAAGGAGGCGCAGGAGGACGCCGAGAUGGACGCCGAGAUCGAGCUGGAGCUAGCCCAGGGAGGCCUCUGCUGCAUGAUGGGGGGCAUCGGUGCAAUCGCCGGGGCCUCAGGCGCCGCCGCGGGCGGGUCCGGCGUGGGCGGAGGAGCGUCUGGUGCGAUUACAGUCGGGACGGUCGUGGGUCCAAGUGGCGGGGUGAUGGCGCCACUACGAGAUGGAGGAGGAGGAGGCGGUGCGGCUCAUGAGGGGCACACGCACCCUCGAUGUCGGCUCUACUCUCCGGCUCAGGAGAGCCAGUGGCUGGACAGUGUGUCUCUGCUGAUUAAGGACUCGUUGGAAGGGGACAUGAUCGACAACCUCUCCGGUUCAGUUUUCCACCACUACUGCUCUCCUCCCGUCUGCAAGGACUGUAAGGGCCACCCACAGGAGAUCCAGCUGGCGGAGGUGGAGCAGGCGUCUCUGAUGUCAGAGCAGCUGUCAGAUAAGUCGUCGUCUCCGGCGCUGCCUGAUGACCUCAGCCUGGACGAACACAGCAGCUACCAGCUGCUGGGGAGAGACAGCCAGAGGGGCAGCAGUGACUCCAACAGUUCGGACGAGUUGCCCACCCAGGGGGGCUACGGAGGGCUUCGUCCCUCCAGCUCGGGAAGCGAGGAGGUGGUCCAGGAGUUGUUCGAGGUGGGCGUCCAUCCUAGGCUGGAUAGUCCCUCGCUGGAGCAGCCGAGCCCGACUCAUUGCACAGAUGGAGAUGAGGGAAGUUGCAGUGGAGGUGGCGGCGGGUCUUCACCCGUCUUCCACCUCCCAGCAGACUUCUUCCACCCAGCUGCCGCGGCUCAUCCAGGCAGUCCUGGGAACAGCGUUAGCCCCGGAGACAGAGGGCCGUCCAGGCUGCCUUCCCCGGCCUCCUGGGCCUCCCUCCGCUCACCCGGAGCCAACAGCAGGCCCCUGAGCUCUCAGCACCCGUCCCACAGUGACUCCUCCCUGGCCACGGGCAGUUCGGAGGGCAGCCUGCAGAUCACUCUGGAGGAGGGGCUCAGCUUCAGCGUGUCCCCGCCUCGAGAUCUGGAUCUCCCCGUGCCUCUCCUCUGCCCCCUCCCCAGCCACCCCUCAAACCCCCAGGGACCGGCCGCGGGAGACCGGGGCCACCCUUUACUAAAGAGACGCAGCACCACUUUUACCCUCCAGGCCACCAGGGGGCAUCAGAGGAGCCAGAGCAGCUGCGGCGGCGGCAGCACCAGCCCCGGCUGCCCCCGGCAGGACUCCAUGGACCCUUCGGACGAGGACGUGGGCACGGGGACGGCCGGGGAUGGCUGCCGCCAGACCCUCAACAGCGAACACUUGUCAGAAACACUGAACAGCCUCUCGCUGACGUCGCUGCUCACCCCGGACUCUCUGGCGCCCCCGCUGGUGAAGAAAUGCAACAGCACCGGCUCACUGGACCAAACUAAUCUAUCCGCCCGGAGUAAAGACGGCCGCCACCUCUGCGGCAUUGAUGCCCACGGUUACUUGUCCAACCCCUGGACGGAGGGAAGGGCGAGCGGCGAGGAGGAGGACAGUGAUAUCACAGGCUUCAGCAUGAAAAGCAGCACAGACACAAGCUCCAGGAAGAAUAGAUGAAACACUCGUUGCCUCUCUGUAGUGGAACUCUUUAAGCAUUUUUUGCAUUUGUGGACCUUGAACAGAAACAGGAAGCGACUUUUAUGACACGUCCUGUGAACCCUCUUUGAAUCGUGCGUUCCCUCUCUAUUCCUCCUCGGAUCUGGCUGCUUGGGAUCAGUCAUUUCUCAAAAGAACACAGUUGCUUCUGAGUUUUGACAUCCUCUCUUUUCCAUGGGAUAUGUGGUCGCUCUUUUGAAAGGACGAUUAAUGACGAGGGGCUUAGCCUUUUAGCGUAACCGGGACUCAGCCUUGAAAGAUGUGGCCGUCCUGGGCUUUACAUUAGAGCCAUUUAGAGAGACAGGCCUGAUAAUUACAGUGAUUGAUGAACUAAAAUGAUGCUAUUUAUUAAGUUAAAACAAAAAAAAUUAAAAAUCAAAAAUUGCUUGACCCAACGUGCCCUCAACCUCUGUGCAAAAACAGUGUUGUCACCACGGACAGAUGGUAAACUGAAGCUUCUUUUGAGGAAGAACUGAACUUUGUACAGCCAUUUUUUUUUUUGUAAUAACCAUCGCUAACAGUAGCAUCGACCAACCUGUUUUUUUCCCUCUUUAGCAGAUUCGGUGGGUAACAGAGAAUUGAAAGGUCGUAUAUUUCCUGUGUUCUUUUUCCAACUUCAAUGUAUUGAAGUUGUGUUGAAUGUAGACGCGUCUGUCUCCGUCUGUGAGGGACCGAGACAAGCGAGGAGCCUGGCCCGUCUGACAACUGACAAAAGGGCCUCUCUUUGAAUAGCAGACUGGAUAUGUGACUGCUGCUGAGAAUACAUGUGGGUUGUCAGUGUGGAAGCGUUGGCCGCUCUCAGAGUGGACUCUUUGUGCUUUCUACAUACCCAUGAAAGGGCUAAAAUGUAUUGAGUGCAGACCUGGGCCAAAACCUUAUCGGCAGAUAAUCCUUUGCUGCCUAACACACUGUUUGAAAGUGUCUGUUGGGUAGAAAGACUUUUCUGAUGCUAUAAUAAUAAUAAUAUAUAAAUGUAAGAGAGAUGUGUCACUGAAAUGAACAUUGAUUUGUAAAACUGUUUCGCAGAAAAUGUUUCAAAUUCCCUGAAAGAUGUAUUUAACAGAUCCGAGCUGCACCCUCUAGUUGCAUGUUAAAAGGGGAGCAGUGACUCCUUCAGGUCAAAAUAGACAUUACAAGGCAGAAGGGAAGCAAAAUAUUAUUAAAACAUCUCAAUAUAACAUGAACAUUACAGGCUUUACAACAGAAGGAGGCAGUUUGAUGUCAUCUGUUUGCAACUGUUUUAUCAAAUAGAUUAAAUUGCGUACGAAAAAUGAGGAACGACUUUUCGUAAGAUGUCAUGCAAACCGUUGUGUGAGGAUACGUUGCCUAUUUGGAAGCACUGGACCAAACAAAUUUCCCUGUGUGGGAUAAUAAACUGAUCUGAAUCUGAAAAGACAUUAUGCAUGUAACAAGUGGAAACUGACACGCCGUCCCUGACACAUCCAGAACUGAUGCUAGAGGUGUACCUACAGCCUCAUAGUUUGAACCGUAGGGCCGCUAACCAAGUCAAAGUCACUUAAAUCCCCUUUCUUCCCCAUUCUGAUGCUCGGUUUGAACUUCAGCAAGUCGUCUUCACCACCUCUAGAUGCCUAAAUGUAUUGAGUUGCUGCCAUGUGAUUGGCUGAUUAGCUAUUUGUGUUAACAAGCAAUUGAACAGGUGUGCCUAAUAAAGUGGCCAGUGAGUGUAUAUACAUGCGAUGCUCUGUGGGACCAGUCUGGAGAUUCAGGGCGAACUGAAUGACAUCAAACUGCCUUUAUGACCCUCUGCCAUCGUUAAACAGCCCAGAAUACACUUUAACAGCUAUAGUAAUAUACUUGAGGGUGCUGCCCAGCAUGUGUACGUAGGUUCAGUUCUCUGUCAGACUUCCAGGAAUCAUUCAGACGAUGGGAUUCACAGUUGUUUUGUUUGCUGCAUUAAACCCAAAUGAUUAUUUGACUCAGGUCUGCUUGAGUGUAGCAAGAUAUUAGAAAAUACCCUGCGAGCAAUGUGGUCCAGAUCGGUGUAACGUUGAGCACUUGUUUGUCAGACCCAUCACAUAGUAUGUCAUAAUCAUUGAAAAAUCCAGAGCAGGUAGACCUCAGGUGGACCUAUAUGCACUCACACACAGUAUCACACAUUGAAGCACAUACAUACAUACAUACAUACAUACAUGUUACAUACACACACAUAUCAUACAAAGAUGUCAACGUCAAAACACUGCAGGAUGUUUCUGUUUGAGAUGAGGCAGAAGAAACCUCUUCAUCUCUUCCUCUCCGCUGUCUUCGUCCCCCUCCUUAUUCUCAUUCAGUUAUGUUAUCUCCGUUCCACAGGGAAGCUGGAGCAUUAAAUGAUUAUUGACUACCCUCCCCCCCCCCGACAUACACACACACUCUCUAUUCGAGAUAUGCAAUAUGCUACAGUAGAUGUACAGUUAGAUGUAUGAGACUCGUAUAGAUAGACAAUAUGGUGAGAGAAGAUUAUAUUUAUGAAUUCAUGUAUUAGAAUAAAACGUCACCGAGAUUCAAAAGGUCACUGAAAGGAUGAUGAUGAUGAUUAUGAUGAUGAUGAUGAUGAUGAUGAUGAUGUAUUCAUGUAUUCCCAGAGUGUUGGAGUGUGUGUUUUCUCUCUUUUUUCCCUCCAUCUCUUCCCGCCCCGAUUUUCUUUCGCCAAAAUGCAUGUGGGUUCUUUCUUUUCUGUUCUCUCUUAAAUGUCAUUCUAGUGUCAUAUAAAAGUGAAAUAGCUUUUCAA